GAAAGAUAUUUGGACCCGAUUGAGGGGAAGGAGUAUGCCCGAAUUCAUAAUUUGAAAAAAUUGAGAUUAGGGCAAAUCGAAUUCCGAAAUUUGAGACUUUGCUCCUCUCAACUCCACUCUCUCCCAUUCUCCGGCCUAAUCUGAAUCUUGAUAUGUACAAACAAAGAAGAAAAGCGGACACUUGGUUAUGAGGGAAAGACCAAGGUUCUUCUGCAAGCUUACUGUAUGUAGGUGAAAUUAAUGAAAGGAGGCUCUUAUUUCUCUUUUUUUUUUCAAUUGCUCUUUACUUCUGCAAGAUGCAUGCCAUUUAUUGAUUGAACUGCUGAGAAGAAACUUUUGAGGGUUCCAUUUUAAUGGCUUCCCCUGAACGAGCAAGGAGUUAUGUGAAACAGAAUACACAAGAUGACACAGAGUUAACAGGUGAUAAGUUCAGAGAUAAUGAUGAUGACUGGGAAGGGGAGGAUAAGAGAAAAUACAGGUCAAGCAAGUCAAGAAGGUCUGACAACGGUAAAGAUGCUGAAGGUUUAGAUAGUGGAAGGAGGAGAAGUACUGCGGAGAGAACUGAGAGUCGUAAGAGGUCAGGUGGAUCAAGCAGAGCUGAUGGUGACAAGGAUGACUAUGAAACCAAAAAGGAAUCUCGAUCUAAGUUGAUGAAGAAGAAACUGGAGGAGAAUACAUUGGAGAAAUUGAGCAAUUGGUAUCAAGAUGGAGAACUCGAGAGCAAGUAUGAUAAUGGAGAAAAAAAUGGGGGUAGAGGAUUUACUCGAGCUGAUGAAAGUGAUAAAUGGAAAUCAACUGCAAAGUUUUCUGAUGGUGAUGGUUCAGAGAAAAGAAAUAAAGGCAAAGGUGAAAAGUUAACCGGUGGAGACUUUGAAAAUGUGGUGGAAAAAGAUUGUAGAUAUGUGGAAAGAAAGGAGAGUAGCAGAGAAAAGGCUCAUGGAUCUGAGCAGGCCAGAAUCUCAAGGAGAAGGUGGGAUGAAUCAGAUUCUUCCAGGAAAGUUGAAGAAAGUGAAUAUGCGGAAAAGCUUGAUGUAAGGAGUGGAAAACCAGGUGAUAUAAAGUUGGAGAGCCUCAAAGAUCCAGAUGGAGAUAAAGCUGAUAAAUAUCAGGACAGGGAUGAAAGAAGAGCUGAUUCUGAUAGGAGUAGCAGAGUCCGAUCAGAAGCUAUAGAUGAAGACAGUAAAGGAGCUUUUCCGAUACGGGAAGAUAGAUUGGGUAAGGAUAGAUUUGAGGAGCAUAGGCAGGCACGAGAUCCCAUGAGUCGUGACAUAGUUGCCAGCCGUGAAAGAGUUGUAGAUGAUGAUAGUUCAUGGGUAAGAGAAAGGAGCCGGAGAGAAACUGACUCCUCCAACAGGUCCAGGACACCUGAGAGGAGUGGGCGCCAUCAUUACGAUUCAGAAUGCCUUGAGAUGGAAUAUGAAAAAAGAGAUACUUUCAGGAGGAAAGAACAAGAAAAAGAUGGCUACAGAGAUGAUAAAUCAAAAGGAAGGGAUGAUGGCUGGAGUGAGAGAAAUAGGGAUCGCGAUGAUUCCAGAGAUGGGUGGAAAAGAAGGCAAGGGAAUUUUGCUGACAAGGAAAUGAAAGAAGGUGAUACACCUUAUGAACAUGGCAGAGAGUGGGAAUUACCCAGAUGUGGUUGGAUUGACAAUGAAAGGCCUCGUUCUGGUGGUAGAAAAGAUGGAAACAGGACAGAAGCUGUAAAAACUUCAUCAAAAUAUGGAAUUUCAAAUGAGAAUUAUGAUGUCAUAGAGAUCCAGACCAGGCCAUUUGACUACGGUAGAGAUGAGGUCAGACCUGUCUUAGCAAGAACAAAUGAAUUUAAUCAGAAUACUGAUGCAAGAUUGGCUCCAGCUGAUGAGAGGAAUGCAUUUUCAAGGAAUGAUAGAGCAAGAAUUAUGUCCAGUUCAGGCCAAUCUGGUCACGAUUUGAAGGAUACAACAGUUGAUGGAUCAUACAGGGAUGAUGUUGAAUCUCUGGCAGAUAAAACAAGAGGCCAGAAAGAAGAUGCAUCCGGUCGUGCUGCUGGUGGCCAAACUUCAAGUAAUGGUUCACAACCUCCACAUGGAAACCAGGAGCAGUCUUCCUUUAGUAGGGUUGUUCCACCUGGCGCUAAAGGAAGUAGAAUUGGGAGAGGAGGAAGAGGGAGGCCUACAGGGAGGGACAGCCACCAAUUGGGACUUCCAAUGCCAAUAAUGGGAUCAGCCUUUGGACCCUUGGGUAUGCCACCACCUGGGACAAUGCAAUCUUUGGCUCCUAACAUGUCACCUGCUCCUUGUCCUCCCAUCUCCCCUGGCGUUUUCAUUCCACCAUUUUCACCUCCUGUGGUUUGGCCAGGAGCUCGAGGGGUCGAUAUGAAUAUGCUUGGUGCACCUGGACUUCCUGUUCCGCCUGGGCCUUCUGGACCCAGAUUUCCCCCUAAUAUGGGGAACCUACCAAAUCCUGCGUUGUAUUUUAAUCAACCAGGCCCCGGAAGAGGAGUACCGCCUAAUUUUUCUGGUCCUAAUUUUAAUACCUUAAUGCCGGCAGGUCGGGGACAGGUUCAAGAUAAGGGUCCUGCAGGUUGGGUGCCUCCUAGAACUAAUGCACCACCCGGCAAAGCUCCUUCGAGAGGCGAGCAGAAUGAUUACUCCCAAAAUUUUGUAGACACUGGCAUGAGGCCUCAAAAUUUCAUCAGGGAACUUGAGCUUACCAGUGUCGUCGAGGACUAUCCCAAGCUUCGGGAACUUAUACAAAAGAAGGAUGAGAUUGUUGCCAAAGCUGCUUCACCACCAAUGUAUUAUAAAUGUGACCUGCGUGAGCAGGAGCUGUCCCCAGAAUUUUUUGGAACCAAAUUUGAUGUCAUUCUUAUAGACCCCCCAUGGGAGGAAUAUGUUCAUCGAGCUCCUGGUAUCACAGACCAUAUGGAAUACUGGAUGUUUGAGGAAAUAAUGAAUUUGAAGAUCGAGGCAAUUGCUGACACUCCAUCGUUCAUUUUCCUUUGGGUUGGUGAUGGCGUAGGGCUUGAGCAAGGGCGUCAAUGUCUGAAGAAGGUACAUAAUUGA